AUGAUAAAUUUAACCCGAGCAAAGCCGAGACAAGGUACCGUCUCUGUAAUGCAGUUGUUGAUGUAUGUGGUCGUUUAUCUGAUAUGCUACAAAUUAGGUUGAUCUCAUCACAACAGAUUUUCGUUAGUCUGUGUUUGGUAAAUCAGAAGUGUUGCUGCCUGACGUUAGCUAUACACGCUAGCUCUCCUGCUAGCCGUUUGUGCUAGUCAGUAGCGUAUCGUCAGGAUACUUUGCAUGUUGUGUUAAAUCAUUUUUUGCGUACGAACCAGUAGGACGACAUCAAAAAAGGAUUUGAGUUUAUCAUGUAAUACGUUGCUUUUAUUUUUCUUUGUUUAAGAAAUAGCUGGUUAGUCACCAAGCUGUGUCGGCAACUGCUGUUUGAACGGGAUAUCUGUCUAUCUAGGUUAUGUGUUUUCAAAAUUAAGCAUCUGAUUAUCUUCAGAAAACUGCCACCAUAAGUAAUACUUACAUUUUUAAUCAGUCAUUGCUUAUUGUGUGAUAGAAUCUUCCAGAGGUCUUUGUUCGUUACAAACACUGCCUUUCUUGUAUCCUUUUUAUGUCAAGGAUCAUGCUUUAAAAAAUUACAAAGCACAGGGACAUGUGCGUAAACUUACUACAGCAGCCCUAAAGCGAAUUAAAUAUGCUUUCGCAACAAUUUGAGGUUUUUUUGCGCUGAACAGAAGUCCGUACGAAGGUUUGGAUCCAGCAAACAGCUUUGGGAUACAUAGAUAGCGACGUGGCCUAUGUCGAUGCAUUUCAUCCACUGACAGCGGCAUUGGAUGAAUGCAAACAAGAGAAAAAAAACUCGCCAACUGUGCGGAAGGAGAGGAAGAAGCGUGAGAACUGCCCCAACGCUGUAGAGCGACAGUGACAAGGAACGCUUUACAGCUGUAGUGUACGAAUAUUUGUUUCUGACACACUGUAAGUGGUAGGAAAGGCGUUGAUGUUACGGAAAUGUAUUUAAACGUAGCUAAAUUAAUUUAGCCACCUGCAGGUCAUUCAGCUCAAGAGACGUGUAAACCGAAUCAGACGCGUUUCGCCGAAGUUAAUACGCUGUCAAGGCUGUAUUGAAAACCUGUGGGUAGCAGUAUCUAUUUUUUAUAACUAGUUCUUGAAAUGGUGGGGUUCGGCUCUAAUCGACGUGGAGGUCGCCUCCCGUCCUUCAUUCUGAUCGCGUUGUUGGUGAUCAUCGUCAUUCUGUCUUAUAACUACUGGUCCGUGUCCAACAAACACGGGCGCUUACUGGAUGAGUUGGCGGAGGCACAGUCGCGGGUGAAGCGGACGGACGCGGCACGCAGUAGGCUAGAGAAACGCAACUCUGAGCUGAUGUUGCAGGUCGAUACCCAUAAAAAGCAGAUUGAUCAGAAGGACGGCGAUUACAGCGUGCUAGAGGGCAAACUACAGGCAAGGGAUGCGCUUGUCAAGAAGUGUGCAGAUGAAAAGAUGCAGCUGCAGGCUGAUUUCACAGCGCGGGUGUCGGAGAUCCAGAGGCUGAAAGAGCAGCUGAAAGAGUUAAAGCAGGAGUUUUUGAGGCAAGAAGACCAGCUGCGAGAGGUGAAGAAAAACAGCAGCAAUCUGGAGAGAAAGCUGGAGUAUGAGAGUCUGCAGUGCGGCCGGCAGAUAGCCCAGCUGAAAGAGGACUAUGAGGAGAGUAAGAAGGCCAUGGAGGAAGAAGCAGCAAAACUGAGACAGAGCGUACUGGGCGGUCAGAAAGGAGGGGCAGCGGCUGGACAAGCGGAAGACGGGACGGAGAACGAGGCCGCAGGAGAGCACAACACUGUGGCCACUCAUCAUCGUGGCGUCCCAGACCUGAAAGAGGACAUGGGCAAGCCUGGCAGUGAUGCAGGGAUGCCCGGCAUCGAGGACAGCGAAGUUGGAAAAAUGGAUGACGUCCAGUUCGCCCUGAAGAAACCAGCCAUCACCCAGCAGCAUGCGGAGCGUGGAGAAGCAGCGGCAGCGAAGGAGGACAGGGGAGGGAUGGGAGCCGGGGCAGGGGCCGGCGAGGACGGGGCCCACGGGCUCCCGCUGGACCAGCCUGACGUGCCAAAGGGAGGAGGGCUGGGACUGGCCCAGGGGCUCCCCCCACAGCCGCAGCCGCAGCAGCAGCAGCAGGUCCCCCAGCCAGUGGCUGACAGACCCAUACUCUUUGAUGAGGACAACAAGGCAGCUAUCAGGGCAGAUGAGUUUGGGGAGCAGCACAGAAAGCUCCGAGAUUCUGAUGGAGCGCGGCUCCAGGGUGCCAAUUUACCUCCUCCACCCAAUCCAGCUCAAGUCUUGCCCAAUCCAAUCGAGCAACAGCAUGGGAAAGACCAAGCUCCUGCGGACAUGGCCCGGCAUCGGCAGAGCCGUUUCUUUGAUGAGAACGAGUCCCCUGUAGAUCCACAGCAUGGUUCUAAGCUGGCGGAUUACAAUGGGGAUGAUGGGAACGUGGGUGAGUACGAGGCCGACAAGCAGGCCGAGCUGGCCUACAAUGAGGAAGACGAUGGGGAUGGUGGAGAAGAAGACGUUCAAGAUGAUGAGGACCAUGAGAUCCCUGGAGACCGAGGGGCAGAGUACGGCAAGCGACACCAGGCCAUCGAUAUCCUGUGAUGGGGAUCAAGUACAUCUUCUGAAUUCAGUUCAGGAUCUCUCAGAGCUUGACUUUGCCAACAGAAAACAUUUCAGUUCAUAUGUUUGCCUUGGUUUUUAACUAGUUUUUCAAGUGUUAUGAAUAUGAUCAACCUAUUGCAAAGAUCCCUUUGGAGAUGAGGAACUUUUACGAAAGAGAAGGUACGGUUGUGUAUUUAAAUCAACGGCUUAACAUCAUCCGGGCUUGAGUUAACGACACAAUCUGUUAAAAAUGUGUACUUAGAAAAUUACUUUCUGUAAGAAUAAAUUAUUGCUUACUUUUGUCCUCCUCCAAUUAACUGAAGGAGUUAUAUUAUGUAACGUGUAAAAGUGUAUAUAUACAUGCUGUAUGUACAUUGGAUUUUUUUUUGGGGGGGGGGGGUUGUUUGUUUGUUUUUGUACAAUGUAGUACCCCUUGGCGGGUCUUAGGAGAGAGGGCUGGCUGGAGAACAGAUUGUUUGAACAUAAUAGUCCAUCUGGGUUUCUUCACACUGGCUCGUCGCACCUUGACCUUCCAUCUGUUUGUACCGAAGAAAGAGGAUUUUUGGUCCACGUUUUCUUUUUCUCAGAUUUGGGUAGUCAAGAGCAUUUUUCUUUUUUCAUUUCCUAUUUGAUGAGUUUUUGCUCGUUAAAUGAAUGUGAACUGUUGAAUCCAAAAGGAGAUAUGACUGAACAUGUCUCCUGUCUGACUUCCAUUCUGAACUUCCCUCGGUGAUAUUUUGGCAACCUUUUGAAUUGAGGAAGUAAAAGACAACCAGUUGUUACUGAAGCCAUUUUUUCCCCUCUCCGGGAAAUGAGCUGUGAAGGAACACUCAAACAAGAGCAUUGAGAUAUUGAAGGACAGCGUUGCAUGCAAAUAAAUGACUGACUUUUAUUUUGGCCUGUAGAGCAUCUCUUAAAAGAAGAAGCAGCAAUACAUUUUAGUGAGACAGACUAAACUCAACCCACGUCCGGUACUGCUUUGAUGAAUGACCCAUAGGUAUAUAGAUGUAUGUAUUUGAGGAUCAAGUUCAGCUAUCAUGAUGCUGUAAAAUGUAGAUUAUGGGUAUAACAUUUUAACUAUCUGUUUCAUAAAGGAUAAACUUGAUUGAAGGUUGGCAUACUGAAUGUACUCUAAUAACUUGUGAUAAAUUUGAUCAGUCAUGAAGCCAUUUAGAUCAGUCUGCUUUGUGGUUUCAGAAUAAAAAUAAUCAAACACUAUGUUCAUAAUUCUAACAACUUGAUUGUUUUUUGAUUAUGUUAGGGAAUGAAAAGUUUUGGAAUCACUGUGACUGAGGGGUUUCAAUUGCUUUCAUUACAGCACAGUUAGAAUUGCUCCUGCAGUCCUCAUGUUGGAAAGAAUUCCCAGACCGUAUUGCGGACACCAUUAUUCGUAAGG